AUGUCUGCUCAGCGACAAGCCACCACGCCCUCUCCCGCCAGGUCUACUACACCUUCCGAUCAUGGUAGCGACAGAUUUCAAGGGGGAACCGAAGAUAAGAAACCUAUCGAAGUGAUUCCUCCUACAGCGCCAGCCUUAGCAACCCAAGAGCCUAAGCGAGUGGAGGGUGCUCUGGGCGAUGCAGUCUUGCGCUUUCUAAGACUUCGAAAGGGUCCAAAGAAUGAGGAGUUCGAUCUCGAUGCCAUUGCUACACAACCGAGUAUCUGGGAUUCCGAAAAUGUAGAAGAGCUCAAGGAGGCAUACAUCCAUCCGCAAUGGGAGAACUGGUCUGCUUUCGACCCGAAGUUUCGUUGGACUUGGAGGGAAGAGAGAGCAGUACGGCGCAAAGUCGACUGGAAGAUCAUGGUUUGGGUCUGUGUUAUGUUUUCCGCUCUGAACAUCGACCGAGGCAAUAUCUCCAACGCGGUUUCAGAUAACAUGCUCGGCGACUUGGGCCUGACGCAGGCGGAUUAUAAUACCGGACAAACUAUUGCUCGGGUUGGCUUCCUAGUUGCUGAACUUCCGUCACAAUUAAUCUCAAAGCGUAUUGGACCGGAUCUAUGGAUUCCGAUCCAGAUCUGCCUCUUCAGUAUUAUCUCGGCUCUACAAUUCUUCCUCAAGGGGAGAGCCUCCUUCCUAGCUACCAGGUAUCUAAUUGCAACAUUCCAAGGUGGCUUCAUCCCCGAUACGAUUCUCUACCUUAGUUACUUUUACACUGGUACAAGACUUCCAAUUAGGCUGGCUUGGUACUGGAUGUCUUCGCAAUUAGUCGAUAUCGGAGUUGGAUUUAGCGCUGUAGGACUUCUAUCGAUGCGAGGUAUCCUGGGUUAUGAGGGUUGGCGAUGGUUGUUCCUCAUCGAGGGCGCGUUCACUUUUCUGGUUGGAGUAUUUUCCUUUUUCCUCAUGCCGCAAUGCCCGGCAAAAACGAAAAGCUGGUGGAAUCCCAAAGGGUACUUCACAGAAAGGGAAGAGAAGAUUAUUGUCAAUUCAGUUAUCCGGGAUGACCCUCAAAAAGGAGGCAUGUUCAAUCGACAAGGUCUCUCCGUUAAGCAGAUUUGGAAAUGUUCCAAGGACUACGACAUGUGGCCAUUAUAUGCUCUGGGGUUAUUAUUUGGCUUGCCCAAAUAUCCGGUCAGCCAAUACUUGACGAUAUCCUUCCGAAGACUAGGAUUCAACGUCAUUCAUACCAACCUGCUUUCGAUCCCGAAUGUCAUCGGUUCCAGCUUAACCAUGUUACUCAUAACUGCUUUGAGCGAAUUGAUCGAUAACAGGAGCUUCGUGUCAAUGGCCGAAGAUGCUUGGCUGUUACCUUGUUUUGCUGCCCUCAUAGCAUUACCCGAUCCCAUAGGUCCUUGGGUGUACUUUGCUAUAGCAACGGUGUUGUUAUCGUUCCCAUAUACCCAUCCGAUUCAAGUCGCAUGGACAAGUAGAAACGCGGGAUCGGUUCAGAACCGUACAGUGUCGGCUGCUAUUUACAACAUGUGGGUGCAAGUCAGUGGGAUGAUAGGAGCAAACAUCUAUCAAUCCGCCGAUUCACCACGAUACUUCAAAGCGAACAAGGGCUUAUUGGUCAUCUGUGUAUGGAUGUGUGUCGUACAAUACCCUGGUACAUACUUCUACUAUCGAUGGAGAAACAAUUCCAAGGCGAAGAAAUGGGAUGCCAUGACCCCAGAAGAGCAGGAGGAGUACAGGAAGACUACGACUGAUGAAGGCAAUAAACGGUUAGUUCUCCUCAUCUAA